UUACUGCAGAAUCAACUCCAUCCUUUCGCUGAGGUGAACUUCCAAAGCUUGACAUUUCAGACCAGCAGCGCAGAAGGACCUGACCCGGUCUGGAGAGAGGAAUUUUGCCUCGAUUUUAGGUAUGCCUUUCCGAUGACACCGCCAACAGCUGGGCUAGCCGCCCGUCGCAAUUCCUCAUUCAGACGUGCAUCUGUCGAUCACUUCUUUGACUGUGUGUGCUCAUGCACACUGAUCUGUCCUCGCUUGCCUCAGCUCCCCGGAUGGUGACUACAGCCACGCGGGUCUUGCCAAGAUUCAGGAUGACAUCGUCAUCAACAUCUUUGAUGCGGUUUCAUUUCAACUCACGGAGGUGCGCAGAAUAAUGCUGUGCAUCGUGAAAAACACGGCAGGGAAGAGGUCACGGCGGAGUGCAACUUGUGCAUCAACAUCGGGCCUGAUAUUGCCUAUGUCUUUUUUUUCUUUUUUGUUUCUGCCCACUGAAUUACCUCAUAAAUACAUUACAGAAAGGGUUAUAAGGAAAAUACUCAUCCAGUGUCUCUUUGAUGACAGAGAAACACGCUGAGGGGCUGUGGGACUCAGACCUUCUAUGGCAAACAGUGGCUAGGUUCUGUGAACAUACCCUUCAGGACUCUGCUGCAGAGGACAAAGAUCAGCUGUACUCUCAAGAUCAAAAUGGCCCCUUUACUACUGGGCUAUGAGUGGUCUAGUAACGUCUCUCACCAUGGAAACAGUAAAGAGGAAGCCAGUUACCUCAGUGUCUUCAUAACUCUGGACCCACCUAUCACCUCUAAAGAAGAACCAUCAGUCACAGAGAUUAAUCAGAGGCCUUUUUGGGUGUUUCCAACCAACGAAAGCGAUGACAAUCUAAUGUUAGCGCACCAGUUUGAGAAAGCGUGCAGGGCUGUUGGCGAACGGGUGAGGUUCGUCUGCACUGUAGUGAACAGUGACAGACAGCUAGUCCUGGCCACCAGGUUCUUCAGACCUCUCCCACCUCCACCAGAGAUCCUUAAGCGUGAUGGGGAUGAUCACCACAAGGAUAAGAGCCAACUUACUUUCUUGACCCCAUAA